GAAGGGACGGCGGUGGGAAAGAUGGCGGUGACUCUGGGACCCUCUGGGUGGUGGCAGCGGUGGCGGCGGCAUUUGUCGGCUCGGGAUGGGUCCAGGAUGUUGCUCUUUCUCCUUUUGUUGGGGUCUGGGCAGGGGCCGUGGCCAGUCUGGGCGGGUCAAACGUUCGAGUACUUGAAACGGGAGCACUCGCUGUCGAAGCCCUAUCAGGGUGUGGGCACAGGCAGUUCCUCACUGUGGAAUCUGAUGGGCAAUGCCAUGGUGAUGACCCAGUAUAUCCGCCUUACCCCAGAUAUGCAAAGUAAACAGGGUGCCCUGUGGAACCGGGUGCCAUGUUUCCUGAGAGACUGGGAGUUGCAGGUGCACUUCAGAAUCCAUGGACAAGGGAAGAAGAAUCUGCAUGGGGAUGGCUUGGCAAUCUGGUACACAAAGGAUCGGAUGCAGCCAGGGCCUGUGUUUGGAAACAUGGACAAAUUUGUGGGGCUGGGAGUAUUUGUAGACACCUAUCCCAAUGAGGAGAAGCAGCAAGAGGCCCAGAAGAGGCGAUAUUCUCCAGGAGUCCAGCGAGUGUUCCCCUACAUCUCAGCCAUGGUGAACAAUGGCUCCCUCAGCUACGACCAUGAGCGGGACGGGCGGCCUACGGAGCUGGGGGGCUGUACAGCCAUCGUCCGCAACCUCCAUUAUGACACCUUCCUCGUGAUUCGCUAUGUCAAGAGGCAUUUGACGAUAAUGAUGGACAUCGAUGGCAAGCAUGAGUGGAGGGACUGCAUCGAGGUGCCCGGGGUCCGUCUGCCCCGGGGCUACUACUUUGGCACCUCCUCCAUCACUGGGGACCUCUCGGAUAAUCAUGACGUCAUUUCCCUGAAGCUGUUUGAGCUGACAGUGGAGAGGACCCCGGAAGAGGAGAAGCUGCAUCGAGACGUGUUCCUGCCCUCGGUGGACAACAUGAAGCUGCCUGAGAUGACAGCCCCACUGCCGCCCCUGAGUGGCCUGGCCCUCUUUCUCAUCGUCUUCUUCUCCUUGGUGUUCUCUGUGUUUGCCAUUGUCAUUGGGAUCAUACUCUACAACAAAUGGCAGGAACAGAGCCGAAAGCGCUUCUACUGAGCCCUCCUGUGGCCACAGCCUCUGUGGCUGUCACCCAGAGGGUGUGGGUGUGGGCGGAGCAGGCGCUGGCCUGAGCACAUAGCCCGGCGGGUCUUCUCCCGUCUCCAGCAGCUGGCCAGGGACUCUGUUCUGUCACUGGAGCUUCAGAUGCAGGGAUGCUGCGUUUCCAUGGUCAUCCGUGAUGACGUCUCACUCUGGUUCGGGAGGCCCACCCCUCCCCCAGGGUGACGCUGCUGUGACGUGCCUUUCCCUACAGUCCCACCACUUGGAAGUGAAGAGGGAUGGAGAGCAUAUAGGCUGUGAUGCCAGACCACAUGAAAGGAUUUCACAGCCCAGGCCGUCUUGUUGAAGACCCUUGUACUUCAUUUUUAAAUCUGCAAAGAAUAGAAAACUGGUAACUCUUCAUACCUUCCAGCCAUCCAUCCACUGGUUUUUGCUUUUUGUCUAAGCCUCUGUCCAUCUGAGGAGCUUUCCUUGGAAAUCUGAAUGGAAACUUCUUCCCUGCCUCACUUUGCUCUCCCUCCACUCAUUGUCCUCUGCAGAUGCAGCCUGAGCUGGAGAAGACAUUGGGAUGCCUCUCUGUUGGGGCCCCGGGGCUGCAGAACAGACUUAGGUUUCACUGACCCUCAGCAGGUGGCCACAGGGAGGGGGCCUUCUGCUUUGGCUCACUGCUCAAGCCUUUGUUCUCUAGCAUGGAUCUUGGUUCUGUUGGCGUGUUCAUGACCUUCCCAGUUAGGUCCCUUCAGGCCCUUGAUCAAAUUUGGCUGAAAGCUGGUGUGCAAGUCCAGAGAAGCUUGCUUGAGAGGCUUCACGGAUGCAGUGGGACUGACUGAAACUGACUGCUCCACGGUUCGAUCCCUAAAGCAGCAUUUGCCAUGUGACCCAGCCACGUGGAGAUGUUUCUGGACUCCGGAGCCUACUUAGCUUCGUGUUUUGUGUUCAUCGUGAGUUUUGGAAUCCCAUUUGGAGUGUUCAAAAUAUAAGGAAGUUUUCUUCUUAUAGCCUGAGCUUGGAUACUCCCCAAAGAGGAACACUGGCUUCUUUCUCUUAAUGGAUAAAAAGCAGAUGUGGUUUUAAGUCUGGGAGCAAUAGACCCUCAUUGUCUGUGCCUGGAGGAGUUCGUCGUCACUGAACAGCAGAGCUUGAGUGUCCUCCUCUCUGGGUCACCCCGAUUCCACUGCCUUACCUGACGAGGGGUCACGUGCUGCUCACCUGUCUGCCCCGGGACGCCACUGCUCACAGGCAGAGUCUCCCGGGAGGGCCUGAACUCUGAGCCCUCUUAGCCUGUGCUUCUGUAGCCUGACGGAAAUUCUUAAAAUGGCUAAUGGAAACCAAA